AUGGCACCUAAGAGGAGAGGAACCUAUCUUGGGCCUGGACCUAGAAGGGGAAGAAGAAGAGUCGCUCUGAACACUGAUGUCCCGUCUCUUGAAGCGGAACAACCUGUACCUGAACCUCAAGAGGAGGUUGAAGAAAUGCCUGAAUGGUUUGAAUGUCCUAUACCACGGGCACCAAGGUCAGGAAUGAGUCAGAGGAAAGCAGUGACUCAAGAUUUAUCGGAUACAGACUCUACUGCUCCUCCUCCUGAAGCGGUCCCAUCAGUGCCCACCGAUAACGUGGAGGCUCAAAUGGCUCAGAUGAUGCAAACACUGGUCACUAACCAGGCCAUGAUGCAACAGGCCAUUCAACAGGCACCGCUGCAACAGACAACAUUACAGCAGACAGCAAUGCAACAGGCAGCCACGCAACAGGCAGCAAUGCAACAGACAACAUUGCUGGGAAACAGAAACUCUGGAACUAUGACCAUAGAGGCUCGUUAUCUUAAGGAUUUUCAGAGGCAAAAACCGCCUUCCUUUGAAGGUGGCAAAAUAGAUCCUAUUGCAGCAGAAAAUUGGCUUGAGGCCAUGGAAAAAGCCUUCUUUUACAUGAACUGUCCGCUGGAAUAUCAGGUUCACUGUGGAACGUAUAUGAUGGAAGGAGAGGCUCAUUUGUGGUGGAAGGGUGCUAAGAAGAUGAUUGCACCGCUUGGAGAGCCUAUCUCUUGGCCUCAGUUCAAAGAGGCUUACCUCCGCAAAUACUACCCAGUCGCUGCUAGAAUGAAGCUGCAAGCACCAUUUCAUGAACUCAAACAGGGUGACCUAUCUGUGGAGGAUUAUGAUCAGGAGUUUAAUAGAUUGUCUAGAUUCUCUCCUAUAUAUGUCAGUACUGAAGAGCUUAAGGCUGAACGUUUUAUCGCCGGCCUAAGGGAGAACAUUAGAGGUUAUAUGGCAUCACAGUCAUCCUCAGACUAUACAGCAGCUCUUAAGAUGGCUACCCUUAUAGAUGCACCUCGCACUGACAGAUUACAAGCAGGGUCAGCCCAAAAAUCUCAAAUCACAGUCCAGGGAAAACAGUUAAAUCGAAACUAUCCCAGAACCGGCAGACCACCCCGUGGUAGAGCUGCCAAUCGCGGGAGGGCUCUAGCACAGAACAGAACUAAUUGCCCUCAGUGUCAGCGCCCUCAACAGGGGGAAUGUCGUGCUGGAACUAAUACUUGUUUUAGUUGUGGCCAAAUAGGACACUACGCAACGAACUGUCCCCAAACAAGAGAUCAGAACACUAAUCGACCUGCAACACAAAAUCAAAGGGGUCGAGGUGCCCAACAGCAGCAGGGUCGAGCUGUAGCCCAUGCAACUACAGGCAGGCAGGCCGAUGCACCUGACGCGGUUGUUACAGAAAAAGAACCUUUAGAGACUAUUCUAUCAGUAUCCACCCCUGCUCACGAGUUAUUAAUGGCUACUCAUAGAGUUAAGGGAGGUAGUGUGACAGUGUCAGGACGUGUCAUAGAAGCUACAUUAAUAGUAUUAAGCAUGCUAGACUUCGAUGUCAUUUUGGGAAUGGAUUGGCUAGGCGAGAAUCGCGCUUUGAUAGAUUGUGAAACUCGAAUAGUCACUCUCAGGCUUCCGUCAGGGGAUAGUUUUACAUAUAAGGGGGUCAUUCCCAAAAGAACCCCAAGCGUCGUAACUGCACUAAAGGCCAAAAAGAUGAUUCGCAAUGGUGCAAGCGCAUUCUUAGCCAGUGUGACCCUAGACAGCAGGAAUGGACAGGCAGUCUCAUCAGUACACAUUGUCAGGGAAUUCAUUGAUGUCUUUCCCGAGGAUUUGCCAAGUUUGCCUCCUGUUAGGGAAGUUGACUUCGGGAUCGACCUAGAACCAGGAACUGCGCCGAUCUCCAAGGCACCCUACAGAAUGGCACCUGCAGAACUCAGGGAAUUGAAGGAACAGUUACAGGAGCUAUUGGAUAAGGGUUUCAUACGACCCAGUGUGUCACCCUGGGGAGCCCCUGUUCUAUUUGUCAAGAAGAAGGAUGGAUCCCUGCGCCUGUGUAUAGAUUAUAGAGAAUUGAAUAAGGUUACCAUAAAGAAUAAGUACCCCCUCCCGAGGAUCGACGACUUGUUUGAUCAACUGCAGGGAGCAACGGUAUUCUCUAAAAUUGACUUGAGGUCAGGAUAUCAUCAAUUGAGAAUAAGAGAAGAAGAUAUUCCCAAAACAGGUUUUAGAAGUCGCUAUGGACAUUAUGAAUUUCUCGUCAUGUCCUUUGGACUUACCAAUGCACCAGCCGUCUUCAUGGAAUUAAUGAACAGGGUGUUUAAGGAAUUCUUGGACACUUUUGUUAUAGUGUUUAUUGAUGAUAUUCUGGUGUACUCUAAGUCAGAAGUAGAGCACGAAGGGCAUCUGAGAAAAGUUCUGACCAUACUGAGAACACAGCGACUGUACGCCAAGUUUUCCAAGUGUGAAUUUUGGCUGUCUGAGGUAGCGUUUUUGGGUCAUGUGGUAUCAAGUAGAGGAAUCACAGUGGACCUAGCUAAGAUUGAGGCAGUGAUGAAGUGGCCAAGACCGACCACAGUCACUGAGGUACAAAGUUUUCUAGGACUAGCUGGUUAUUACCGAAGGUUCGUCCAGGAUUUCUCCAAGAUAUCUUCAGCGCUAACUCAGUUAACUAAGAAAGCGACGCAUCGGGAAAAGCUCUAG